CUCGCCGAAAAUCUUUGAGUUCCAAAAAGAGAACUUAAAAUCUCCACCGAACACAGAAGGCUGCCCACCGUGAGAUAUUGGAUGAAUUACCCAGCAACAAUACCAGUGACGCCUGAUACCCGACGUCAAUGCGGAUAUCCCGAUGCGAGGAUGUCUGCAGUCAGUCAAAUGGCUGACCUCAGCAGUGCGGCAGUCCCAGUCCCUUACUUCGUCAACUAGAUUCCCGCGCCGGCUUUUCAAUACCUCGACCCUCCACUAUGCGCAAGGCAGGAAGCCAGUCUCGGAGCUAGAGCAACGCAUCGCAGCAAUCCCAAUUGAACGCUUCCGGAAUUUCUGCAUCGUUGCCCACGUUGACCAUGGCAAAAGUACGCUUUCCGACCGUCUCCUCGAACUUACUGGCACAAUCGAGGCGGGUGCGAACAAGCAGGUUCUGGACAAGCUGGAUGUUGAACGAGAGCGUGGUAUCACCGUCAAGGCACAGACAUGCAGCAUGCUCUACAAUCACCAGGGCGAAGACUACCUGCUGCAUCUCGUCGAUACCCCUGGUCAUGUCGAUUUCCGUGCUGAAGUGUCGCGGAGUUACGCGAGUUGUGGAGGGGCCUUACUGCUCGUUGACGCUAGCCAGGGGAUCCAAGCGCAGACGGUAGCCAACUUCUACCUUGCCUUUGCCGAGGGUCUCAAGCUGGUGCCGGUCAUAAAUAAAGUCGAUUUACCCUCCGCAGACCCUGAACGCGCUCUAGACCAGAUGAAAAACACAUUCGAGUUGGACCCCAAGUCCGCUGUGCUAGUAUCUGCAAAAACCGGGCUAAAUGUGGAACAACUUUUACCAACGGUCAUCGAGCAGGUUCCUGCGCCUGUUGGAGAUCAUACAAAACCUCUCCGAAUGCUUCUUGUCGACUCAUGGUACUCGACCUACAAAGGUGUCAUUCUCCUCGUUCGAAUAUUUGACGGUGAGGUUAGAGCAGGCGAUCAGGUUGUAUCAUUUGCGACUGGGUUGAAAUACUUUGUGGGGGAAGUCGGCAUUAUGUAUCCGGGACAAACCGCCCAGUCUGUUCUCCGGGCCGGGCAAGUUGGUUAUAUUUACUUCAAUCCGGCUAUGAAGCGCAGCCAGGAAGCCAAAGUAGGCGACACGUAUACAAAGGUUGGCUCAGAGAAACUGGUCCAGCCGCUCCCUGGAUUCGAGGAACCUAAGGCCAUGGUGUUUGUCGCAGCAUACCCCGUGGAUGCCAGCGACUUCCCUCACCUUGAAGACAGCAUUAACCAGCUCACAUUGAAUGACCGUAGCGUCACAUUGCAAAAGGAGUCGUCCGAGGCGUUAGGCGCUGGGUUUCGACUCGGUUUUCUUGGAACCCUCCAUUGUUCCGUUUUUGAGGAUCGUCUACGACAGGAACAUGGCGCGAGCAUUAUUAUCACACCACCAACCGUGCCAUUUAAAGUUAUAUGGAAAGACGGGAAGGAAGAAAUCGUCACAAAUCCCGCUCUCUUCCCCGAAGAAGAAACGCUGCGCGCAAAAGUAGCUGAACUGCAGGAGCCAUUCGUCCUAGCUACACUGACGUUCCCUGAAGAGUACCUAGGAAGAGUCAUAGAACUUUGCGAAUCCAACAGAGGCGAGCAGAAGAACCUUGAGUUCUUCACGUCAACCCAGGUGAUUCUCAAAUACGAAUUGCCCCUGGCCCAGCUAGUUGAUGACUUCUUCGGCAAACUCAAAGGAUCCACAAAGGGCUAUGCCAGCUUGGACUACGAAGAAUCCGGUUGGCGACGUAGCAAUAUCUCCAAACUCCAACUUCUCGUAAACAAGGUCCCUGUCGAUGCGGUGUCGCGCGUUGUGCAUGCGAGUCAGGUGCAGCGGCUAGGACGUUUGUGGGUGAGCAAGUUCAAGGAGCAUGUUGACCGACAAAUGUUUGAAAUAGUGAUACAAGCCGCUGUGGGCCGGAAUGUUGUGGCGAGAGAAUCGAUCAAGCCGUUCAGAAAAGACGUGCUGCAGAAGCUGCAUGCUUCUGAUAUUACACGACGAAAGAAGCUGCUGGAGAAACAGAAAGAAGGGCGGAAGAGACUCAAGGCUGUUGGGAAUGUGGUGAUUGAACAUAAGGCUUUCCAGGCCUUUUUGGCGAAAUAAUUCAAUCUGUUUUUUAUUUUUAUUUUUUUUUCCCGCCCCAUGUAGAAUAUAUAUCAGCUAUACCACUGCUGUUUUUUGGGUCAUCUUUUGCUGUACAUUUUUUGCAUCUGAUAUAGCUAGAGCAUAUUUGGGCGUUGACACACCGUUUUUGUUUUGUCUUUUAUAUAUCCCCGAUAAGAUCAACUCGAUUUCAACAGGAAAAUAAAAUAAUUAUCAAAUUCAAUUCCUACUCAAACCAUUCAAGACGUUGUGAGUCGCGCUGUCCACAAAGUCGUCGCGGGCGGGCCAGGAAAAA